AGUUUCCGUCACUAGUUGCUACCCAUCUGAGACCAGGGGUAAAAACGUAAUUAACCAAAAAUAGCGACAAUUUAAAUGACAUAAUAUACUAGUACACUAUUUUAUCAAAUUGUCGACUUGACUUAACCUUUAGAUUUCACUAUCUUAUUUAGUACUUCAGUAUUUCCUUUUUCACGCUGCAAAUGGAGUUGCGGUAAUGGCGGAUUUAGUCAACAGGCUGAGCUCUCACACUGCACUGCCUUCUUGAGUUUGUCAGGUUCAGGAUUCUCGUCGUAGCAAAUUGUGUUCCUGCAUCCCAGUUUCGUUCAGAAAUGUCGCUAACUUAUUACGUUUAUGUAUUGCAUGAAUAUCGAUGAACUUGUUUUCAGUCAAAGUCUUCCAGUUGCUGUUAGUAUUUUGGUGCUUCUCUGUCGAUUUGCAAAUUGUGCACAGUAUUGUGGUGUAAGCAGAUAUUCCGAUUGACGUAGUACUUGAAAGAGGGAAAAGUUAGGACUUUCAAUAUGGAACAGUCAAAGAAUCAGAAUCUUAUGCAGUACUACUCAGAACACGGAAAUGAAGAUCUUCGUCUUGGAUCGGUAGUUCAUAGUGCAGAUACUUUAGGUCAUGAAAAUGCCAAUCUGAUGUCCUCGGACUCGGAAAUCAUUUAUUCAGAUCCUAAACCUGUGCAUAAUUACUCCAUGCAGACUGGUGAGGAGUUUUCUCUUGAAUUUAUGCGCGACAGGACCAAUUUUAAGAAUCUAUUUGUUCCAAAUAUCUCCGGUGAUCCCAAUAAUGUACCUGGGUACAUGGAGCCAAAAGCCAUGUUAAGUGCUUCGGAUCCUUCAUUGACUGUCACAACCGAAAAAAGUUCAAGAGAAUCUGACCACAGGAAUUUGCCGUUACAUGGAAACGGGGUUAACCGUGAGUCUAUGCAAUCUAUGGCAUACGCCUCAUCGGAUUACCACAACCACCAUUUGUCACAGAAGCUUAAGAUUCUCUGCAGCUUUGGUGGUAGAAUUCUACCCCGGCCAAGUGAUGGAGAGCUCAGGUAUGUUGGCGGUGAAACACGCAUCGUCCGGAUAAGGAAGGACAUCGUAUGGCAAGAACUAUGGGAUAAAACAUCUGCAAUUUACGAUGAAACUCAUACCAUAAAAUAUCAACUUCCUGGGGAAGGGCUCGAUGCUUUGGUUUCUGUCUCGAGCGAUGAGGAUUUAUUAAACAUGAUGGAGGAGUGGAAUGUGCUCAAAGAUGGAGAAGGAUCCCAAAAGCUUCGUAUAUUUCUGUUUUCUCAUGGAGAUUUGGAGGAGGCUCAUUUCAGUCUAGCCAACAGUGAUGUCGAUUCGGAGAUGAGAUAUGUAGUUGCCGUCAAUGGCAUGGAAAUUGGAUUGCAAAAAGGCUCUACCCGUCGUGGUUUAGCAAGUUCGUCCAAAGACAAUUUGAAUAAGUUGGCUGCAUCCAAUGUCGAAAGGGACACACGUACGAGCUCAGCUGAAUUUGUUGGGAUUACUACUACCUCCACGGCCGGCUUUGUUGCGCCGUCAACGGCUAAUGAAUCUUCUAAAUCUAUUUUACCAACUUCCGCCGAUAUUUAUCAAACUGAAUCGCACUUUUAUCAUGGUCAGCAAAAGCAACAUCCUCCACAAUUUGGCUACAAUUUCCGUCCUCCUUAUCAUUCGCCUUCAGAGAGUGACGUACCACAGUCCUCUUCUGGGGCUUUUUCUCAACAAAAAGGUCUCGAAGCGAAUUCCUUAAAUAGCUCAGGCGCACAUGGCAAUCAAGGGCAAGAGAAGGAGGCAAAACCGAAAUUUGAUGGUCCGAAAAAUGGAGGCAGGGGUAACACAAAAGUUAAUUUUCCUGUUGAAGAAUCUUCAAAGAGUGAAGCAAAACCUGUUGAUGCUUUUAAUCCAUCUCAAUCCAAUGGCAAUGAGUAUUGUACAUCUGGUAAUGCUCCUGAUCCCGAAUCCACCAACUCGGAAUUUGAUCCUACCGAGUUGACCUAUUCUGAGUCUUCUGUUCCUCCUCGGAGGGUCUAUUACUCGGAGCGUAUUCCUCGAGAGCAGGCAGGGUUUCUUCAACGAACAUCAAAAUCGGAUGAUGCUCACAGUUCUCAGUUUCUUGUUAAUCAGUCACGUAAUGAUAAUAAUAUCCAGCAAGAUUUCGUUUCGGAAUCGGGUGAAAGUUUCCCAAUUAGGAAUGUAGAUAUACCUACUGGGCAGUCAAUUUCAACGACGGGAAAUCAGGAAGAAGCUAAGGCAGCUGUUCCCAAAACCGAGCAGGGAGAUAUACUUAUUGAUAUCAAUGACCGGUUCCCACGUAAUCUUCUUUCUGAUAUAUUUUCGAAAGCUAUUCUUUCAGAUAGCUCGUCUAAUACGGAUCCCCUACAGAAUGAGGGAGGUGGUUUGAGUGUGAACAUCGAAAACCCGGAACCUAAACACUGGUCGUUUUUCCAGAGGCUGGCAGGGGAUGAGUUUACGAGAAAGGGUAUUUCUCUCAUUGAUCAAGACCAUGUAUUUUCCUCAGGACUUACGAAAGUCGAAGAGGAUACGCCUUUAGCAUAUGACUUUGGGCCACUCAUGAGAGAAGAGGAUCACAAAGACUUACAUGGUGGAGAUGGGGCUGAAUCUGUUGCUGUUCCUUCCAAUUAUAAUGCAUCGCAAUUGAAAGUCGGUGAAGGCAAUCAGUAUGAAGAUUCGAUGGAUAAUAGGAGAAAUCAAGAUCUGGAUUAUGAGGAUGAUAUUGGCAUUGGACAAAUUGGCUUACCUCCUCUAGAUCCAUCGUUGGUGGAUUUUGAUAUCAACUCAUUGCAGAUUAUACAAAAUGCAGACCUUGAAGAACUGAAGGAACUUGGUGCUGGGACAUUUGGGACUGUAUAUCACGGAAAAUGGAGAGGCUCAGAUGUAGCUAUCAAGCGCAUAAAAAAGAGUUGUUUUACUGGUCGACAAUCAGAGCAAGAUAGACUGACCAACGAGUUUUGGAAGGAAGCUGAAAUUCUAUCAAAGCUUCACCACCCAAAUGUGGUUGCGUUUUAUGGUGUUGUACAAGAUGGACCAGGCGGGACAUUGGCUACGGUCACAGAGUACAUGGUGAAUGGAUCUUUGAGACAUGUUUUACUUCGUAAAGAUAGACUCCUUGAUCGACGAAAGCGGCUUAUAAUAGCAAUGGAUGCAGCUUUUGGGAUGGAGUAUUUGCAUUCAAAGAAUAUAGUGCACUUUGAUCUGAAAUGUGACAAUUUGCUCGUUAACUUGAAAGAUCCUUCAAGACCUAUAUGCAAGGUAGGUGAUUUUGGUCUAUCAAAAAUAAAACGAAACACGUUGGUUUCUGGUGGAGUUAGAGGAACUCUGCCAUGGAUGGCUCCGGAGCUGCUCAAUGGUAGUAGCAACAGAGUUUCUGAGAAGGUUGAUGUAUUUUCAUUUGGUAUCGUCUUAUGGGAGAUACUCACCGGAGAGGAGCCUUACGCCAACAUGCAUUACGGUGCAAUCAUAGGUGGAAUUGUGAACAAUACAUUGAGGCCAACGAUUCCAAGCUACUGCGACUCGGAAUGGAGAAGAUUAAUGGAGCAGUGUUGGGCUCCAAAUCCUGCCGUGAGGCCGUCUUUUACCGAAAUUGCUAGCCGUUUGCGUGUAAUGUCUUCUGCUGCACGAAAGGCAAGUUGAUCGUCAAUAAAAAAAAACCGUCAGGUUUCGUAUUUUUCUUUACUUACGAAAGAAAUUAGUUUCGUUAAAUUGUACACACCAAUAGGGAGAACUAAAUGGCUUGCACACACUAUCAUCAUCAUAUACAGCUCUUAAAGUCUUUGGGACAAUGUUAUAUAUCUUACAUCCAGCUGUCUUUUUUUUUUAUGGAAUAAUAAUUCAGCUCAAGAUUUUAUAUUCAUUACAAUUAUAGGGUACAUUUAUUGAACUUUGUUUGAAUAAAUUUAUUUGAGAAUGUAUUUCAAAUCUUUUAACUUU